ACGUAUGAGUAAAACCGAUGAGUUUAAUAAAUUUCUAGAUUCUGAAGAUUCUGUUGAUAAAGAGGAUGCAGAUGAAGCUGAAUUUUAAUAUUUGAAUUAAUAAAGAAAAUAUAUACAAGCGGUCAAGUGAGGUUAUCUUACGAUUUGGCGAAGGCUUGCUUAACAGUCCACGUGAACGUGAUAACAUUUGGUAGAUCUCUAGUGAUAAAUUUUUCAAUAUAGGUAAAUAAAAAUCGAUUGUUGAUAACAUUUGUAAAAUAUAAUUUAAAAACUCUUAACUGAUACGAUUGUUAUCCAAGUUAUACAUACAAAAAAAUGAUUGAUGAUUUAAAUGAUGGAGUUGAUCAAAGAUCACUUUCGGAAGAUGAAGGUCGAAAUUCAGAUAACAAUGAAAAUGAACCGAUUAACAAUGAUCAACAAGACGAUAAUGAAAACAAUGAUGAAGCUGGUAGAAGAAUUGAUCCAAAGACUUCGAAAAAACGUAUUGUUCGCAAUCCUAUACCAAAGUUAAAUCCAGCAAGAUUGAAAGGACCUAAAGGUGUGCAUACUAUUGAAGAGUAUUUUAAAGGAUUUAAAUUUUACGGUAAAGGACAUGAAAAACAUGAUUUGAAUCGUGUUAUGAAACGUUUGGAGCACUGGGGUCAUAGAUUAUUUCCAAAAUACCAAUUUGAUGAUUUUCUUGAGAAACUUGAAGCUUUAGGAACUAAAAAAGAACUUCAAACAUUCCUUACAAGGUAUCGCAGAGACAUGAUGCUUGAUGAAGUUAUUAUACGGGAUGAAGAUGAUGCUGUUGAUGAACGAGAAAAAUCGCCAGAGCCAGUGGAUGAGUUUGAUUUACUUAUUGCUGAACAAAUUGAAAAGACCAAACAAGCAGCGACAACUGUUGAAACUACUCAACGUAAUAAUGAUAUUUUUGAUUCACUUUUGAAUUCACAGAGUCAAAAAAUAUCAAGUAGUAGUCAGCAAGUUAACAACAGUGAAUCUAAUAAUACAACAGAGUCUGAAGAAGAAAUUAAAAAGAGAAUUGAGAGAAACAGACAGCAGGCCAUUGAACGUAGACGAGCUAAAUUACAACAAGAUGGACAAAUUAAAAGAGCUAAAACUUCAGAUGCUUCCAUUGCAUCUCUUGAAAUAGAAAUUGCUGAAGAAGUAUCACGUCCUUCUAACAAUUUAUCAGUAACAAAUGAAAGUGAUUCUAAGGUACAAACACCAGCUAUAAACGAUAAAGAACAAACUCCUACACUUACUGAUGAAGAAAUCAAUUCUAUUUUCAAUUCUGACACUCAAUCGUCGGAUUAUACCGAUAUUCAGAAUACUGGAAUGUUUAAUGUGAAUCAACAGCUUUCAAGUACAAUCGAUAAUAAUUUAAAUAAUACAAAUGUUCCUAGGUCGUUAUUAACUGACGAAGAACUUGAACGAGAAAUUAAUGAAGCAGUUACCCAGUUUGCUCAGCAAAAAAAACGAACACAUUCAACUUGAAAAUUUCAUUAUUGAGAGUGAUGAAUGUAAUAUCUUAUUUUAAUUCAUUUUUUGUAUAUGUAUUUUAUAACUAAACUUUGAUUAAAAAGAAUUGAUUAUAAAAAAAAUUUUUUUUUCUUUUAUUAUGAAAAAGCGAUUAAUUUACUUUUAUAAUAGAAUGUAUUUUGUAACAACAUAAUUAGGUUCGACGUCUUUGUGUGCUGAUAUAAAGAACAUUAUUUCCUCUGAUGAAUGCAUCUCCAUAUUUAUCUUUCAAUUGUCCAUUGACGUACUCUUCAGUUUGUUCGAGAGCAAUAUUCAUGUAUCCGUCAAGACAAGCCAAUACUCCUGCAAUCAAUUAACACUUGAAAUUAUAUAUUCUUAAUGUAAAAAAAAAAAUUUUUAAUUACCUCUGUAAUCUACUCCGCUGUUUAAUUUAACAACGACCGGUCUUCCAUGAAUUUGAUGGAUGAAUUGUUGUAAUGCUUCUUUUCUGCUCAUCUAAUUAUAAAUGAUAUUGAUUAGUAAUCAUAAAAACUUUUAGUAAAAAUAUGAAAAUUAAUUUCAAGCUGUCAAAAAAUAUUUUAUAUUGACCCGGUAUUGUAGGUUAGAAUUACAAAUUGAAUAAGAUUGUUAAAAAAAACAAUAAAAAAAAUUUUGACAAUUUACCUUAAUUAUGUGUAUUUAUAUGUAUUUUUAAAUAAAUUGAAACGUUGUAUUAUGUAUUAUCUGUUCAUAAACAGUAGGUAUAUGUAUACGCUAUAUUGUCCUUUUAUUAUUGUCAUGUAUAUACACACAUCUAUACAAUGGAGUUUUUUUUUAUUAUUGAAAAUAUAAAAAAGGCUUGAACUAGAAGCUCACUCUACCGUAUAUUAGAUAAAUUAUAAAGAACUCACAUAAGACUCCCUCUGAAAGGUGAGUAAGUCCUACAAAAUAACUUAUACACUACGAAAAUUAAAAAUAUAAUA